CAACUUUUUUUUUUUUCCGGCUUGCAUCAUAAUUUGAUAAAGAGUUGAAGUUUCUCUCGUUUUUUUGUCAUCAGACUCGAAUUUUCCUGAACACAAAGAACAAGGCGGUGGAAGAGAUUGAAAAUUUUGGAGCAUGAAAAGACAUCGCCGCAUCUUUGUUAUUGGAAACUAUUCGUUUCAUUCCCUCUCUCGAAUCUUGAUCACUCAAUGAUACUGUUGCAAUAAUUCAAAUGGAAUCUCUCAACACAACGAGUGAUAUCAUGAUCCAGUAUGAAGAAGGUUCCGCUUCGUAUCAAUCCGAUGAGGAUAUGCGCAGCCUGUGCGCGACGCAUCCAGAUUUUUAUGUGAGAUAGGUUUUAUGAUGGAUUUUUUGUAUCGUGAUGAUUGGAUUCAACACAAUGAACUGCAAGCAAUAUCAUGUAGAACAAAGAUGAAGUUGCAUUGAUAUCUUAGAUUCUAUAGGUGAUAUCAAGAGGGUCUAAGAGGUGGGUGUAGGGGUUAAUUGAAAUACUGGCCUUAUCCUCAACUCAUGACAAGAAAAAGGUUGCAGCAGAAUCUUAAUGAGGGAGAAUCAAUGGAAAUGGUGACCCUUGCUUUUAAUAUACCAGUGAGCAUCAUGCAUUUUAUCUUCAUAUUUUACUAGAAAUAAACAUCUUAAUGCCUCUAAAGUUAGUUUGAUGGAGAUAUGUAAGAAUCUAUCCGAGUUUCUUCAUUUCAGUUUUAUAUUUUCUCAUUUUCCUUUCCUUCCUGGAAGGGGUGGAGAUAGUUGAUGUCCUACUAAGGUGUUCUGAUCCACAUGUUUACGGGACCAAUGAACACUGUGAUGGAAAUGAAGAGGCUAAACUCUUAUUAAUCUCCACAUGAGCUGCAGACGUAGAAUUCUCGGUAUUGUUCAAGUUGCAGCCAUGCCCCAUAUAAAUUAAUGUCACGUCCUUGUAGAUUUAUUCCUUUUCUACAAAUUUCAAGUAUGAAUUGAAUUGGGGUUGACAUUGUUCUGAAAUUAAGAGACCAAAAUCUAACCCUUCUUUCAAAGGGUGAGACUUUCCAUCAAUUAUGAUUGUACGAAAAUUUUAUUUAUUCUUUCACUUAGCUUAUAAUAAAUGGAAUUCUGUUUCUAUAUCUUGUGCUCAAGAUUUCAUACUGCUAGUUAUGAAAUUAUUGAUAUUCUUGACAGCUGAUGCUAUCACCCCAGUUGGCCAAAUAAAAGUGCUUUCGGGUAAUGUUUUUGUGUGAUGUAUCUUAUUUAUUCCAACUAUAAUGUGGUUUUACAUAGAUUGAAGGACACGUCUUUAGAUUUACCAUUACACAUUAAGUGAUGCCCUAUGCAACUUACUUUGUGAAAAGUGGGUCACUAUCAAGCAAAUCAUCGAUAAGGACCAUUUCCCUUAUCCAAACAACUAUCUGAAGGAACUUGCACUUUUCUAUCCCUUUAUUUAUGUCUUCCAAAUUGUUUAGAUUAAACAAUUCAAUCCACCACCACUUCAGUAGCCUUUAUAAAUACAUUCGUUUAUGCAAAGUCAUCAUGUCAAAGCCUAAGCAAACAUACAACCUUUCUCUCAUUCUUUCAACUUCUUGUUCAUUGCUCCUCUACAAGCCUUUUCCUUUUUUCUUUUUCUCCGGCUUUUGUUAGUGUAAUUGAAGCCAUUUCACGUAUCUUUGGAUAUUUGAUUAUAAAAAUCUUUUGGAAGGAAGAAGAAAGAUUGGAUUAUAAUGGAUAGAUUGAGAAAUUUGGCAUCUCAGAAAGCAGUAGUAAUUUUUUCCAAGAGCUCAUGCUACAUAUGCCAUAGCAUCCAGACACUCUUUUAUGAGCUUGGUGCAAGCCCUGCAAUUCACGAGCUUGACCAUGAUGCAAAUGGGCGAGAAAUUGACUGGGCUCUUAGAGGUCUAGGGUGCAACCCCUCUGUUCCAGCUGUGUUCAUAGGAGGAAAGUUUAUAGGCUCAGCAAAAGAUGUUAUUUCUCUCCAUGUUAAUGGGGAUCUGAAACAAAUGCUGAUAGAUGCGAAGGCCAUCUGGUUGUAAUGCUACAAAAAGCAGAACUGGAUGGUUUUUUCUUUGUUUCGUUUUGUCUUUUUUUCUUUUCUUACCCACCUGCCUUUAUUAUGUCAAAAAGGCUCGUACAAAAUGUUGUAAGAAGGCUCUGAUAGUUCUCGAGUUUACUUACUGAACUGUAUAAAAUGAAGCCAUACUUACCCUGAGAUAUCUAAAUACUAGGAUAACUUUACCUAGAGUUCAAUAUUAAUUCCAUCUUCAUGCAUUAUGAAGGAAGAAAAACAAAUAAACAUUAAAUGUUGACUCCAACAUGCCUACUAUAUUGUCUACGUAGGAUUAGUCUUUGUCUGCUGAAGUAGAAUAAAACAUUGACUAAUUUUGUUCUAAAAAGUGAAUAAUAAGAUAGGACAGCAGCAUGAAAGGUUUUUGUGCACAAAACUGGUAGUUCUUUUUUGCAAGUCUACCAUUGAUUAAAAUAGGAGGAUGCACCACUGAGGAAUAUGCACUCAAAUCUCUUCUUGCAAACUGAAUUUCUUCUGUUUGGAAUUGUCGUUGGCAACAAUAUGUACUUGUUGACUGUUGUGCUUUUCAUUAGGUUUUCAUGCUGCUGCCAGACUGAUAAGCUGCUCUUACACAUCAUGUUUCUUAACUUUGAGGCAAGGCUUGUUGAUAAAGACAUGCACAUUUAGGGGCAUUUGGGGUGCUGAGUUGAGUUAUGUAGUAUAUGUUGGAAUUAGGAAGUCUAUGUGUGUUUGGAGUACAAAGUUGUGUGGAUAGAGUUUCUCGAUAAAUGUGCAAAAGAGAAAAAGAGGGAAAGAUAAAGUUUUUCGAUAAAUGUGCAUAGUGGAGUUGAGCUAUUUAACACUCACUUAUGAAGUCAAUGAGCCAAAUACCCUCUUAGGUUGUACAAAUUGAGCCUCUGAUCCCUUAUCAUCUAGUUUAAGCAUCUUUUGCUGGUUAAACUAUUAGGGUUAAUUUCCUCAAUCACUGCAUAACAUUUUGGAUUUAGUUACUUUACUUGGGUCCUUUAGUAAUGCAAGGCCAACCUGGUGAUGCUGUAACCUUUUGGCCUGCCAUGAACCUCAUAUAUAUUUUGAGGCUUGAGCCAAUACCAAUUUUGGAGCCAAAAAUUCAAUAAUGAAUUAUGCUUUAUUGUUUAGCCGAUCUGAUUAUAGCUCAAUUGAUUAAGGCAUACGUCUUUGACCGAAAAGUUAGAGAUUCGACUCCCAACCUCCCUUUGUGUUGUUCAACUCAGAAAAAAAUGUUAUGCUUUAUUGUUCAAUGCUAUAUACACACACACACCCCCAUCUGGAGUGUAAACAGAGCGUCUCUAUACAUGCACCCAAGGACAGGAUUUACCCUGUUAACAGUCAUGGGAUUUGUCAUAUAAACUAGAUAGUACAUUGGAGAAGGCAUUAUGAAACUAUAAGUUUCCGAAGGGGGAUAGUUCAACCAUUUCAAUUUAUAUAUUUGUGUGCUCACCAGGCUGUGAAACACAACUCUGUUAGAUUGAUGAAGCUUUGCAAGCUCCACAUGCAAGAAGGAAUCGUACAAGUUGGUGGACAGAAUACAGAGAACUACAGCCACUGGAGCCUUUCUGCGUAAGGAUUCAAAGAAGGUGAUUGGAAGAAUCUGGUAUUUAUUGACUGACAUUGCAUAAUUUUUUUUUUCUUUUGUUAUAAUUGAUAGCCAUAUUCUCAUUUCCACAAACUUUGCAAAGUAGAAGACACGGUCAUUGUUUUUACACGUCAGACAAAGAUUGAUAGGAU